GCAGCACGGAGCAAAAACUAUAGGGCAAAAGAACUAAAGAAGUCCGACGCACUGAUUAGUCCCUGUAGUGUCUCCAAUGGACGAAAUAGCCCCCUAUUAUCAGUACCCCUAUUAUCAAGCUCCACUACCAGCAGCCCCUCCUCCGCCACCCGGCACCACAUUUCACGCGCCGCCGCCGUCGGUGAUGGUCCAGCCACUUCCUCUUCCUCAAUACCAUCACCCCCACCAGCCACCCAUCCCCGCAUAUGCACCCUCUCCUAUUUAUCCUUCGCAUUCCUACGACGAUGUUCGGACUCUCUUCGUUGCUGGACUCCCGGAAGAUGUCAAGCCUCGUGAAAUUUACAACCUUUUUCGUGAAUUCCCAGGAUAUGAAUCUUCCCAUCUCCGUAGCCAAAUUUCUGGUAAUUCACAGCCAUUUGCUUUUGCAGUCUUUACAGAUCAGAAUUCAGCACUUACGGCAAUGUAUGAACUGAAUGGAAUGGUUUUUGACUUUGAGAAGGACUCCAAAUUGUACAUCGAGCUUGCUAAAUCAAAUUCAAGGUCUAAGAGGUUACGGACAGAUGAUGGGAGGCCUGUAUCAGAGAAGAGGAUUAAAGGUUCUGCUGCUAUUUCCAGAGACAGUGGUUCUGCAGGUCUUGGCAGCAUUCACAUGCCUGGAAUGGGUAAUUCUGCUUACAACACGAUUGGUUAUCCACCCACACAAAGUCAGGGAAAGUUUGGUGGUAGAGUUGUGAAUCAAGCUGCUUCUAAAACGGCGGCUGAUCCAUGUCCAACAAUCUUCGUUGCUAAUCUGGGCCAAAGUUGUAAUGAGCAAGAGCUGAUUCAAGUAUUUUCAAGAUGUCGGGGGUUUUUAAAGUUGAAGAUGCAGGGCACAUAUGGAGCUCCUGUUGCUUUUGUCGACUUUCAGGUGAAACCUACAAUUGAUAUUACUAAGCAUGUUUCCAGGACACUGCCUGCUCAACUGAGGCAUUGGGUCGUCUUCAAGGGACCGUUCUUUAUUCUUCCACCUCUGGAGAGGGCAUGCGACUGGAAUAUGCAAAAUCACGGAUGGGAAUGCGAAGUAAGAAGUCAAGGUAAAUGCUUGUGGACUACAGUCAGUAAAGAUCUGGUGGAGCAAUGCCAUUAACAAAUAACAGUGUGUCAUUUACUUGGUUUAUUGUAUUGAGAAUGGGAAAAGUAUUACUAGUUCACAUGUUAUGUUCUUCAGUUUUUUCUUCAGUUUGGAGGUUGCUAUGAACAACAGCAUGUUUCCUUUGUCAAAAGUAAAAUGUGCGAGUUAUUUCGUUUUUUCU